AUGAUAUCAUAUCGUUCCGCUUAUUUUGUCUUCUUGGUUGUGGUUCAGCUCUGGGCGCACCCUCUCUCUUGCGCCCACGCCUUCGGCAUGUCCAAAAAUAACCACCCAGGUAGCGAUGACACCUUGCAUUCUGCCUGGUUCUCGGCUACAGCAUCGAGUCUUAAUCCAGAACGCGGAGUCCCGGUGGAGUCUGCUUACAACCUCAAGACGGUUUCAAGCGCACAUCAUGUCGCAGCUGAGCCGACAUUGCCGGUCCGCUUUAGGGCGAUUGUCACAUCGACCCCGGCUCCGGCCCUGGGGGAAUCACAGCUAAAAGAUGUCAGCAGGUUCCUGCAGAAGGAGAUGCUCGCUACGAGGGUAAUCGUGUCGGUGGCGGCCAAGCAUGUGCGUGCUCGUGUCGCAGUUAUCCGCGGUGGCUUCAUGAGCGACUGUAGCGACGCCGGGCAGGGGGAAUAUAGGGCCCAACUGGGAGCCGCGCUGGGUCUCAGUGCCGCAGAUGUGCUGGUGCUGCUAUGCGUCGUACAGCAGGACGAAGCAUUCGUACAGGAUCCACGCGGCCAAGCGGCACCUCGGGGCUGCGGCGAUGCUCAGGGGGAUACCUUACCCGCGGCGCUGAUGCUGGAGACCUCGUUACGCCUGCCGCCAACCGCUAACGAAUCUGCCGUACAGGCAGCUCUGGCGGCGCUGCCCAACGGUAACACUGCACUGCACGGGUUGUGCGUGCCCUGCGUGUCGUACAUGCCUCCUGUCAGCAUUUCUCUGGAAAUCGUACUGUACAGCGGCGCUGGCGGCAAUGCUGAGAACGCAGAUUCUCCUGCGCUGCCGCGGUUAGGAGGGCCUGGAGCCGCCGCCGCCGCCGCCGCCGCCGCCGGGUUGCGAGGUGCAGCGGUCGCCAGGACUUCGGGUGCUGUCGUACAUGAGCUGGCGGGUGAACUCCAGCAUGCGAUUGCCACGUCACUGGGUGUUCCCCUGGAUCAGGAUCUCAACUCCAGGGAGGGUGAUUGCGCUCUUACCUUCGACCCCCUGGACCCCGCCGCCGAGGCCCAGGCCCAGCAGGUGCCCUCCCUGGAGGUGCCCCGGAAUGUAGCCUCAUCCAGUGGACCUAACACGGGGCCGGAGCCGGAGCUGCUAGGAAAUCAAGAGGCGGCAGCGCUGACGGCGGCAGCAGCAUCGCUCAUCAAUUCCACCGCCGGCGACUCGGCCGCCGCCGCCGCCGCCGCCGCCGUUUCGGUCUCCGGGGAUCUGCCCACGACCGCCAGCAAGCCGCCGUCGUACCAUCAGGUCGUCCAACCAGCAGCGUUACUACUAGUACCACGUAUGGCGAUAUCCGGACCGUCGCUCGACGGCAAUGAGGAUGGUCGCCGUGGCGGCAGCGACGGCGGCGGCGGCGGCAGUCUGGAUGGGCCCUAUCCGGCUAAUCCUGGCGGCGGAGGCGGCGGAGGCGAUCGGUCGACCUCGAUGACGUCACAGGCGGAUGAGUCUCGGAGCGCAGCCGCCGGAGUUGUCGUCGUCGCCGCUGCCAACAGCCCGCGAGGGGCUGAUACGGCGAGCUCGCCGCCGCCGCAAGGUUCACCGUCAGCGCCGUCAGCGCCCGACAGACUGAGCUUGGCUCCUUUGCCGUACACUGACGACGUUUCGGCGGUAUCGUACGGCGGCGUGGCUGCGGAAAUGGAGGAUGUGGACGAGGAAGCCCUCAGCCGGGUGUAUCAGGGUGACGGCACCAGCGGCGGAGCCGAUAGCAGCGGCACCGGCGGUGGCGACGGCGGCGGCGGCGGGGGGCUUCUGGCUCGCGUGUUUUCCCGCAAGUCCAGAGGCCCGGCAUCAGGAGGCGCUCUUGAGCGGCUUGGCCGCCUGGCUAAGGCGCCUUCCUCGCGACGCACAUUUUCGGGUGCACCUAUGGGGCCGUCAGCGGCCCGUUACAUCAUCCCUGGCGGCGACGGCGGCAGCGGCCAGUCGCCGUCGGUGUCAGAGGAAACCGCUGCUGCUGCCGCUGCGGCGGCGGCGUCUACAGCCCGACGGCGCCGAAACCCUCGCCGUGACCGCCGGGGUAGCCCUGUGUCGGCGCGCAUCGCACCCUCGGUAUCGACGCGGUCGUUGCAGCGGCGCCUGGGACCGCACGGCGGUGGCAUCGUACAGGACGCCGAAGAGCUUUCCAUGGUGGCGAAGAAGUGGCGGACGCCGCCGCCCAUGGCGCGAAGGAAGCGAUUCAGCGAUAUGGGCGGGGUGGACAGCGGUGCUUGGGGACAGCGCGCCGCUGCCGUCGGCGGCGGCGUCAUUGGCUUCCCGGGUGAACCCCCGGGUGGUCCAUUAUCUCGUACGACAGGUCAACCGCUGUCACCGCAGGUCCCCACGAGAAAGAAGCCACAGCUAUCGAGCCCGCGAAACCACAGAGCGGGGCUGCCGACCUUCGCACCCUCGCCCCUCGCCACUCCGCGGACACAAGCGGUGCUGCCGUCGCGAGACGGCUCCGAAACCAGUGGUAUCGUCAUGACGACGGGGGCGACACGGAACACGCUGUUGAUUGCAGGGCCAGCGCUGCCGUCGGCAGCGCCGCCGGCGGUGGCAGUGGCGGCAGUGGCAGCGGUACAGACCCAAGUGACCCAUGGUUCACUUUCUCCGUCGCGGGGGCACGUGGCGUCGGGGUUUGUCGGCGAGGGCAAGAUGGAUGGUCAGGACGCGCAGGAGCGGGUGCCGAGGUUGUCCGGCAACCUGCGAGAAUGGCCGUCUUCGCCGUACAGCGAUACCCUAGCUGGCGGCGGCGGCGGCGGCGGCCGCGAUGCCCUGGGUCGCGCCGCCAGCAGGGCCGUCAGCGUAAAUGCCAUUGGCUCUGCUGCUGCCGCAGCGGCGGCUACACCCGGCAGCGGCGGCGCCAGCACCACAGCCACCGUCACUGGGCGCACCAUCGACCGCCGUACAUCUGGGUGGAUGGACAUGAACGUUCACGUGACUCUAUCCGCCAGUAAAAGCAACACCGGCAGUAGCAGCAGCACGGGGGCCGGAAGCCGCACCGUCCAAUUACGAGAGUUCGAGAACUCCUCAGCGUUGAUACCGCGAUCUGAUUGUCCGCGUCGAAGCUUUGGCAACGGCGAAGUAUCGUACAACGGCGGCGGCGACGUCAGCGGACCCCGCGCUCCAGGAGGGGCCGCUGCCGUCGGCGUUUCUGCGCUGACGGCCUCGGCAUUGCAAGGCAGGGAGGCUUUGACGUCGCCGUCGGGCUUCCGUACGACACGGGGCUCCACGGCGCCCGGCUGCAGCGGUAGCGGGCGUAGUCCGCUGUCCCGCUGCGCCACCGCCGAUGGAAGCGGGCUCGCGGACAUGACAGCUGUCGCUGCAGCGGCGGCGGCCACCGCCUUCACGGACGACAGUCAAGCGGCGCGGCGGCGGCACAUGUCAAGUGCCCCGACGGCGGCCGCGGCGACGACGGUGGGACAGGACAGCAACGACAGCGAGGCCCAUCGCGAUAGGGCAGACGGCGAUCGCGGGGUUGCCGUUGCGGUGGCGGAGCCGACGCCGGCGGCGGCGCUGCUGGCGGUGUACGAGGUUCCUAGUCGGGACGUCACCACCUUGCGCGCUUUUGACUCCGACACUAUGGCGGGACGCAGAGAGCCCCUGGGGGAUGGAUUGGGCAUUGCUUCGGGUGGUCCGCUGAAGACGGAGAGCUGUUUCCCCGGCCCGAUGGCUCCACCCUCGCCUGGGAGCACGGUUGCAGUGGCGACAGAGGUAGCGGCGGCGGGGGCGGCGGCGGCGGUAAGGGGAUCCCACAUUGCAUUUGAUGUUGGGCCAAGUGGUAGCUCGGGCCCCAGCACGGCACAACAGCGCUGCGGAGUGGCCGCGACGGCGCCGGUGGCGGCGGAGGAGGCGGAGGCGGAGCUGAAGCCAGCAAUGCCGGCGCCGCCGCCCACACCUGCAGUACCGCAGAUUUGGGCGAAGCGUUCAAGUGCUGAUGUCCGCAUGGCCGAAAUGUUGGCUGCUGCUGCCAUCUUCUACGGCAUCGACAAGUACGACUGCGACGAAGACGAGUACGAUGUGGGCGGGGGGAGUAGCAGCCGCGACUGCGGUGCCGUUGCUGCCCUUGAUGAAGGUAAUGGAGGCGGCGGCGGCGCCGUCGGGCCGACGACUGCCAACGAUCCUCCGCAGUCGCCCGUGUCGCGGUGGGCUCUGCGGAAGGCAGCCGCGGUGGCGGCGGCGGUGUCGUCGUCUGAGGCGGCGGCGGCGGCGGCGGCGGCCGACGUGGCAUCAUCUUCUGGGCCCGUAGGGGUUCCUUCCUGGCAUAUCAACCUGGCCUCUGUCUCUUCACUCACCCGCCGCCGGGAUACCAGUGCAGAUGUUUGCGAAGCCCGUACGGCGGCGGAGGAGCGGGAUACCGGCGGCGACGCCUGUAUUGGCGGCGGCGGCGCCGUCACCAUCAGUCGGGAGCGGCAGCAGCUUCACGAGUUGCAGGAGCAGCUGCGGCGGUUACGUUCUGGACGGAGAGACCUCAACACUCCAGGGGGCGGAGGGAUGGCCGGGGCGGGAAGACUGUCGUUGCGCGGACGUCGUACGACAGACGGGGCCGGCGAUGGUUGGUCAGCUAGAGGCCGGGAACGAAGAGAUGGAGAGGAUGGGGCUGGCGGCGGAGGUGGAGGCAACGAGGAUGUGCCGUACCGCGUUUGGCGGCGCACGCUAAGCGGCGUCGUGGGUGCGACGGAGCUGGGCGGCGUGGGCCGCGGCGCCGACAGCGGCAUCCACGGCGACGGCUUGUUGGUGGUAGAGGAGGAUUCUUCCGAGGCCGCUGAGGCCUAGGUAAUGGAGAGGGACCCGGUGUGUUUUUUCCUUUUGAUGUGUAGUGCAAUAAAUAGCCCAUGCUCGCACGACACCUGCACAUUUUCCAUACAAUGUUUCCUUUUUGCGCUUCAAAGCAGCUGAAUUAAUAGCGGCACAGCGGUACCCCGUCUCGUACAAUUUUCCUUGCAUUUGCAUGUGCGGCACAUGUGUCAGUGGGGCCUCUCUGAAUGGCGAAUUGGGUUGUACAU